AUGGUCUCCCAAGACUUCACCAUAACCUCUGCCGGCGCCCUUUCAGCCCUCACCUCUCUCGGCGGCAUCAUUGGCUACGCACGAACCGGCUCCAUCCCCUCCAUCGCCGCCGGCCUAUCUGUCGGCGCUCUGUACCUCUUGAGCCUCUUCCGCCUCCGCAACAACCAGCCAUACGCCGAGGAGAUUGGUCUGCUCGCCUCGACGGUUCUCGCGGGAUCAUCUGUGCCUCGUGCGUUGAGGCUGAGGAAGCCAGUGCCCAUUGCGCUUAGUGUGAUUGCGACGUAUGGAUUGGUGAUUUUUGGAUUGGCGUUUCGCGAUAAGAGGGCUGCGAGGGUCUAG